CAUGCUGCACGUGUACAAGGGGGAGUGGGGUCUGCCGACCAUUGAUUUUGAAUGUUUACGUGCCCUGUGUCUUCUGCGAUUCACCCGCUGUCCCAUGGACGUGGAAACGAAUGCGAAUCCCCUGCACUCUGGAGCCGGAAAGUUUCCCUAUCUGCAGAUUGGCAAAUGACAAA